GGUAAAACAAAUAAUUAUAAGAGCAGUGUUGAUCAAUUGUUAAAACAGAUCAGAUUUUGUGUCUGAAGGAAUAUUGUCGAUGAUAUACUAUAACUAAGAAAAGCCAUGAGACCAAAUAUAAAUACAGCUGGAUUACACAUUGCGCUUGUAAUAUGUAUUUAUUUUCAUUCCUCACAAUCGUGUGCCGAAUGGAAGAUCGUUAAUCCACCGAUAGUAUUUGGACAAACGGCUAGGUUGUCGUGCCUAGUGGAAUUAAAAACAAACAACUACAGUACUCCAACAUGGACAGGUGGAGCAAAUUACUCAACUAUUGCCUUCCAUGGCAGUACUGCGGAUAAGAAAAAAUACAGAGUAACCAACAUACAUAGAAACGAUCGGUUUGAGUCCGUUUUGGAAAUAUUUAACUUCAGAGAAAGCGAUGUAAACUGUGACUAUUCUUGCUCAUUUGGAUUUCAUGAAAACAGAAAACGUCUAAGAUUGACAGAAGAACAUUUUGUCUUUCCUAUAGAGCCAAAAACCACGACUGUUCUUUCAACAAUGCGGAAUGGACAUCUUGAUAUCAUUUUAGAAUUGAGAAAGGUGUACCCUGUUCCUAAAUGCCAAGUACUCUUGAACGAAGAAGAGGUAACAAAUCGUGUGAAAACUCACGUACGAAUGAAUGGGAUUUUUUACUCUAUGAACGAAACUCUUCAUCAUUUUGGGAAUCAUGAGGCCUGUAGUGUACUCCUAACAAUAUCUUGUAAUAUGGGAGUUAAAAAUUUUAGUGUAUACAAGAAGGCACUUAACACAUGCACAGGAGUAACAGUGACAGCAAACAAGGAACACCCUAGAUCUACUGACUCCAACGUUUAUGGUGGAAGCAUUGCUGUCGUUAUACUUUUCUUGAUUUGCGCAGUGGCUCUUGUUGCUAUUUCAAAGUAUAGCAAACUGAAAGAAAUUUUAUGCUGUAGAUUGUCUUGGAGGGAAGAAAAUAUUGAAAGAGAAAUUCCAUUAAUGGUCCAAGCGUCUAAGCAAAAUAGCAGUUCAAAUUGAAAUGACGUAUAACAUAUAGUGGAAUAAAUACUGGCAAUAGAGACCAUUUAUUGCCAACAUCUUUAUACUGAAAUACUGGCAAUAGAGACCAUUUAUUGGUAUCAUCGUCAUAAUGAAAAACUUGCAAAAGAGAUCCUUUAUUGGAAAUAUCUCUAUAACAAAAUAUUGACAAUGGAAAUCAUUUUAACGGCAACAUCUCUAUAAUGAAAAUAUUGUAAUAGACAUUCUUUAAUGCCAACUCCUCUAUAAUAAAAUACUGGCAAAAGAGAUCUUUUAUUGUCAACAUAUUUAUAAUAAAACACUGACAAUAGGAAUCCUUAUUGCAAACAUCUAAAUAAAAAGGUGACAAUAGAGAUCCUUAAUUGCAAGCAUCUCUUAAAUUAUAAUUACAAUACUGACUAUAUAUACCUUUAAUUAACACCAUCUCCAUACUAAAAUACUGGUUAAAAAGAGAAUGUCUUCUCAUUUUUUAUAAACUUGUAGUUUUGAGGGCUGCUGUAAUGGCAUCUCUGUCAUCAUAGACUUAGUAAAAAUAUUUCACAAAUGGAUAAAAGACAGCACGGCUUUUAACUGUAAAAAUAGCUUCAAAAAUAUUGUGAUGGGCUAUACUCAACCCUCGGUGUCAAACAAAUAUGGAUUCUUUAAGAUCUACUAUAAAAACCUCAAACACAAUCAUUACAAUUUUGCAAUAAUAUCAAAACUGUAGAUGUUCCUAUACUUUAAAUUACUUUUUAUGAUAAUCAAUUGAAAGAUCGACUACAUACGUUUAGUAUUCUCAUUUAAUGGUACUUUUCCUUCAAAAUUGAAUUUUUGUAGGUACAAAUUUCUUGUUUUGGGUCUCCAAAAAUUUUACUUCGCGAAGACUUGCACUGAUUCCUACAACAAAUACUCCGAAGACGAUAUAAUUAAAAUGCUUCAUUUUUUAUCGACAACAUAUUUGGCGUGUGUGGUGGUUUAUUUCAAUAAAAAGUAUUACAAUGUG